CAAAAGACCGAAGAAAGAGAGGAAGGACCGAAGGAAGAAGAAAAGGGGCUUUAGGGCAAAAGAGGUUUCAUCCGUUUGGGCUAUUGCGCUUCGACUGGUGCGCUAAGGAUCGGAUGACAAGAGAAAACCCUAGAAAUUAGUCUCACAUUUUCGAUCGCUGAGUAGAGAGGUUUCUGAUAGCUCGGAAAGAAGGCAGAUCGGAAAACGAACGAGGCGAUUAGGAGAAUUCGUCUGUUCAUCAUCUCCAGGCCAUAGUAACCAAAGAUUCAGAAGAAGUGAUACAAAUGCAGCAGUACAACAUAUCUAACAUGGAUGUAAAGAAUGAAACAAAAAAUGUAGCGUUAUACCAAGUACAAAGUUCCUCUUACAAUGCUCAGAUACUGCAGGAUGAUCUAAAAACAUUGGGUCAGGCAAUUAAAGAUCGUGAAGCCAGUAUCAAAUUUCUAAACUCACAGAAGAAUGCCUUGGAGGAUUCUAUCCUGGACUUGAGAGUUAAACUUGGAAAAUUACAUUCGGCAAAUAUGCCGGGGGAGGAAGCUGCCAUGAAUUCUGCAAGUGUCCAAAGCAUGCAAGAAACAACUGAAAGUAUAUUGAAGCAUGACAAAUCAGCUGCAAGUGUUUUGUGUCAAUUACAAACUUAUUAUGGAAGUCAUGGUUCUGAACAUCCUUUAUCCAAGCAUGUUUUGGGUAUUGUUUGCACACUUUGUAAAGUAGAAGAUGACAAUAUCAGCGGGCUUCUUUCUGAGUUCUUGGGAAAAGAAAAUAUGUUGGCUGUUGUAUGCAAGAAUUAUGAAGGUGUUAAAGCUCUGGAAACAUAUGGUAAAGAUGGUUCGAUAAUCAGAAGUUAUGGCCUGCACGCUCUAGGAGCUUCUUCUGUUGGUCGGUUUACUGUCAUUUGUCUAGAAAAAUUAAGACCAUAUUGUGGAGAGUUUAUUACUGGUGACAAUCAAAGGAGACUUGAUCUACUGAAACCAAGGUUACCCAAUGGAGAAACACCACCUGGCUUCAUGGGGUUUGGUGUAAACAUGAUCAGUAUUGAUGGUUACAAUUUAUUUGGUCUUACAGCUAAUGGGCAUGGUCUAAGGGAGACUCUUUUCUACCAUUUAUUUUCUCGUCUUCAAGUGUACAAAACAAGGGCAGAAAUGUUGCAGGCUAUUCCAUUUAUAGAUAAUGGAGCAAUAUCACUAGAUGGUGGGAUAAUGAAGGCUCCAGGAAUUUUCACAUUGGGUCAACGGGAAGAUGUAGGUGUAAAGUUUCCCAUAAGUCCGGGACUUGAUCACGCGGCUACAACUUACCUUGAGAUCCAAAAUCGGAUAAAGAAGAUGGAAUGGAAAAAAAAGAGAAUUGAGGAUGACAAGAGGAGAGAAGAAUCACUGCUGGAUGAUGUAAAACAUAAGUUCGAUUUUAAGAAACAGGAAUUUGUCACUUUCCUGGCUUCAGCAAACUCAUCAUACUUAGUUAGUCCGGAGGAGACACAGGCUGGAGGACAAGAUAGAAUGGUCUUAAAUUGAUGAUUACAUUUUGGCUAAAAGACUGCAACCUGUGUUUGAAACAUCCUGUUUAAGAAGUUUCACAGAGAUGGAAAGAGUAUUCAAUUCAGGUGAGUAUUGUGUACAAGUUCUUGUUUUUGCUUGUGUGUAAAGAAGGUCUGUAAAAUGUAUAGAAUAAUAGGGCAGUUGUAAGUUGGGGGACCAACAAAGAUGUUGUAAUAUUACUUUGUGUGAACAAAAAACAAUUAUCUUUUGGAAGAAUCAUUUGGUCAAGGAUUUGGAGA